CAGUCUCGCGGACCGCGUGCCGUCCGCCACCGAGUCAGAAGUCCCGGAGCGACCGUCCAGCGCAGACAUGAGACCCGCGGCCAGCCGAACCGAACCCAACUCGACCGCCGAACCUAACCGCUUCGCCAUCGACCGGUUGCAGCUGCUGGAGUACGAGUACCGCACCGCCCUGAGCGACCUCGAAAAAGAACAAAUAUCAUUCAAUGUUCUCUCUGACGUUUGUCUACCAGUAUCAUUGCUGCUUCUUAUUGUAAUAUGGGGUUACCAGUUAAAUGCCAUGACCGUAGAUCCCGAUAGCGGAGAAGAUCAUACAAUGUUGCUUUUCUAUGGCAUCGGGCUCAUCGUGAUCUCAGGUUCGGCGUGCGUUUAUAUUGCCAUACGGAUGUCGGUCAUGAAACCAGAAAAGAUAAACACUUUUUUCCCAGGAGAGAUAAAACCUUUACAUACAGAACAAAAACGAUCUCAGAAGUUUUAUUACCAGACUAUACCCGAAAUACACAGAGUUGGUAAAAAAUCUACUGAUAUAUUUAUUGUAUAAAUUUGUUUAGAAUACCUGAAUGAGUUCUUGCUUAGCUAUUAAUUACUUUAUGUUAAUUUUAAAGCAUUACCACCAUACAUUAAUUAUUUAAACUUAAAAAAGGCAGUUCGCCUGUUAUUACUGAAUUUUAUACAUUUAUUUUAAAACAUAGCCUAAGGAUGUAUAGAAAUUAUUUAUCUCGAAAGUUCGUAGUACUUGUAAACUUAUCAGUAUUAAUGCUGAACCUAUUAUGUAACUUUCAAUUAUUUAAUUUUCAUACGUAUAAGUUUAACUGUAAGGUUUUAUUU